AUGGAUGUAAAACACCAAGAACUUCUCAGCAAGCAGAACGCCUGCUGGUUUGCACAGGAGGUGGGAGAGUUUGGAGUCGGGUUCUCCUCAUUUAAGGGCUGGCUGCCACAAGGGAAGGGUGUCUACCUGCAGGUUCCUCCUUUUGGGAUAUUUAGUGAGCCCUCCUCCUUGGGAUGGAGCUCCUGUGACAAGGAUGUUCUCCUGAAUAUCCUCAGUGUCCUCACUGACCUGCUCUCUCUGGGGACUGGACGAAGAAUUCACUAUGUGAUCAGCAAAGGGGGUAGUGAGGCACUGCUGCAGGCCCUCAUCUCUGCUGCCCGGACCAAGCCACCCGACCCCAGCAUCCUCCUGCCUCUCCUUCGCCUUCUGGCCAGGGUUGGCCAACAAGACCGGAAGUUUGGGAUUAAAGUGCAGAAAGCAGAAGCAACUGAUGUGAUCCUGAGCUUAACAAAGCAAAACCUGGGUCACCACCUGAACCUCACCCACUGCCUCUGGGUCCUGCGGGUUUGUGCUUCUAAUGUUGCUGCAGGAACCACGCUUGGCAUCAAUGGAGCCAUGGAGCUGCUUUUCAAAGUCAUCACCCCCUACAGCAAGCAGCAUGUCAGGACUGUAAGGGCAGCCAUUGAGGCUCUGGCAGCUUUACUGAAAUCAAAAUCUAACAGCCGACAAGCAGUGAACAGAGGGUAUCUGAGUGGAUUGCUGAGACUCUAUCAAGACUGGCAUCACAAUGAUGUCUCCAACAACUACAUUUAUAUUCGUAGAGGUCUCCUGCUCUGCCUAAAGCACAUCACCAACAUCCAGCUGGGCAGGGAGACUUUCCUUGGUUCUCGAGGUAUGGAGAUUCUCUUCACAAGUGUGCAGGACUGUUUAUCUUGCAAGAAUCUGGAUCCAAUUGUAACCACUGUGACUCAGAUUCUACGAAAGUGCUAUCCCAAGGAGCCUCUGCCUCUGGUGACAGUGAGAAGCUCCUAUUCCUUCCCUCUUCCUGGGAACAUCAAGACCGAACGUCCGUGUAUGGGAUCUGAAGAUAAACUGUUAAAGGAUGAUAAUGAAAGUGAUACUGAGGAAGACAUGGAAAAAGACCUGAAUAAAGAUGAUGUGGAGGGUAAAGAGGAAGAUUAUGACUUGGAGACAGAUGUAAACAAAUUGAGGUCAAGGCCAGGGCUUGACCGGCCAGAGGAAGAGCUUGGGCAAUAUGAAGCUAUGUGUCCAGAACUUUCCCAUAGUUUUCAGGAGCUUGAUUCAGAGUCUGAAGAAGACAAGAAGUCAGAAGACAGGACUGAGAAUCUUCCCUCCACUUCAUCUCAUUUCAUUCCAAGUGGUAAUUCUGUGAAAGAUCCAAACCAUAGAUGGAGGACCCAAAGUGGCACGGAGGCAGGAUCAGAUCCACGGGAGAAGGAUUUCAAAGCUUCACUGCAGAGUUCAAUAAUGAAGGAGAAAUGCUCAAGGAGUCUGAUCAGUGAACAGAGAGAGAUUGUAGAAGCAGUCCAAAAUGCAAACUCCUAUGAAGAAGACUCAGCCAAGAGUCAUACAUUUUCUCCAUGUCUCCUCCCAAAAGAGGCUGCUUGGUACAAAAAAAUAUUUAACCCUGAGUGUGAGGCUUCAGUUGAGCCUAAUUCUGGAGUCAGAUCAGAGACCACAGAAAUAAUGACAGACCUUCUGGAGGAACACCAAGGGAGUAUUCCAUUUCACAGCCCUCACUUCUACAUAGCCAGGGCCAAAUGUACCAAGUCCAUACCAGCCUACAGAGACUUGGCAUUCCCUGAUUUCUGGGGCCACCAGCCUCCUCCUUACGGCACGCCCAUGUUGGAUCGGCAGUAUGGAGUUCAAAGGGACAAAGUACUUGAUGAUGUUCGUCGCUUAAUCCAGCCUGGUGAUUUGAUAGGAAGAACUGUUUUUGAUUUAGAUGAGCCCAGUCUCUCAAGCCCAGAUGCUCCAUGCUGUCUGACAUUCUUCUCCAAGUUUGAAUCGGGUAACCUUCGCAAAGCCAUCCAAGUGCGUGAGUUUGAGUAUGAUUUAAUUAUGAAUGCAGAUGUGAACACCAACCAGCAUCACCAGUGGUUCUACUUUGAAGUUCGUGGCAUGAAAUUAGCAGUACCCUAUCGCUUCAACAUUAUCAACUGUGAGAAGCUCAAUAGCCAGUUUAAUUACGGCAUGCAGCUGGUUAUGUAUUCGGUGAAGGAAGCUCUCCAGGGCAGGCCUCACUGGCUUCGAGCAGGACAUGAUAUCAGCUACUACAAAAACCACUACCGCUGCAGUGCAGCUGCAGGAGGAGGCUCAAGAGGAAAAUGCUAUUACACUCUCACCUUCAGCAUCAAGUUCCCUCACGAAGAUGAUGUCUGCUAUCUGGCCUACCAUUACCCCUACACGUACUCUGCAAUGAUGUCCCAUCUUGAUGUCUUGGAACAAAGUAGGAACCCCAGGAAGGUCUAUUGGAGGCAACAGACGCUCUGCCAGACACUAGGAGGAAAUACGUGCCCAUUGCUCACAAUCACUGCUAUGCCAGAAUCUAAAAAAAGUGAUGACGUGGAGCAAUUCUACAAUCGUCCUUAUGUCUUUCUGAUGGCUCGGGUUCACCCUGGUGAAAGCAAUGCCAGCUGGGUAAUGAAGGGAACCCUGGAGUUCCUUGUGAGCAGUGAUCCCAUUGCUGAUCUCCUGAGGAAAUGUUUCAUUUUCAAGAUUGUCCCCAUGCUCAAUCCUGAUGGAGUCAUCAAUGGCAACCAUCGUUGUUCCUUGAGUGGAGACGAUCUGAACAGACAGUGGCUGACACCCAGUUCUCAGCUUCAUCCAACAAUUUACCACACCAAAGGUCUUCUGUAUUAUCUGCGCAGCAUCGGCCGGGCCCCUCUGGUGUUCUGUGACUACCAUGGCCACUCCCAGAAAAAGAACGUGUUCCUCUAUGGUUGCAGCAUCAAGGAGACUUUGUGGCAAGCAGGCUGCAUGGUUGACACAGCAGUUAUCACAGAAGAUGUUGGCUACAGGACUCUUCCUAAAAUCCUGGACAAAGUGGCCCCUGCGUUUGUCAUGAACAGCUGCAGCUUCCUUGUAGAAAAGUCCCGCGUGUCGACGGCCCGGGUGGUGGUGUGGCAGGAAAUGGGUGUGCUGAGGAGCUACACCAUGGAGAGCACGUACUGCGGCUGCAGCCACGGUCUCUACAAAGGCCUGCAGCUGGGAACUCAAGAGCUGGAGGAGAUGGGAAGCAAGUUUUGCCUUGCUCUGCUCAUUCUGCACCUCAAAUCCUUGCCCUGCAGUAAGAAGGUGAUGGCUCAGGCAGCGCUACUCCUAGAUCUGGAGGAAGAAAUAACAAUAACAGACCGGGCACAAAGAAGGUACAGCAACAGCAGCCUGGAGACUGAAGAUGAACCUCCUUGUGCGGAAGAAAUCGAUUAUAACACUGACAGUUGCUCUGAUGGUGAAGGGGACUUCUCAGAGCUAGACCAAGAGAUCCAGGAGUGCCUCUCGUGGGUGGAAGGAGAGGCAGAAGAUGAAGGAGAGACCACAGGACAGACAUGCAGCUCCAAAGCUCUCAGGGGGCUUUACAUUUCCAACCAGCCAGCAUCCAGCACACAGCUCUUCCUCUGA